AGUUAUUGUCACGCCCUCGAGACCCGCUUCACACUUGAUGCCAAUUAGUGUACAUGAAUCCUGAGGCAUCAGUGUUGUUGAGUUUGGGAAAGAUUUCUCUCCUCGUUUUCUGUAAAUAUUGUUCUUCUCAUGGACCAUAAGGAACAUGGAUGAGGAGGCAUCCCUCGAAAAUUUCUUUGAUCAGACUAUUGGUUCAUCGGAUUACAUCUUUGAUGGGGAUCUUGAUAUACAGGGUCCAGCUCCACAGCUCCAGGAUCCCUCUUUCCUCUCCUCCUCUCAGGAGAAAGAUCCCACUGAUGACUUGGAUCUGAGCUUCCUACCUGAUGAACUGAGUGCUCAGGAUGAGCCGCCGCUGGCCGGGGAACUCAGCCGGAAUGAGGACAGUGGCAUUUACUGUCCGCCGGAAGCAGAGACUGACACCAGCAAUGCUGUCCAAAACACAUCCCAGUUCUGCACUCUCCCAAUGACACCCAUGACCCCUAUGACCCCCAUGACCCCAGUGGCGGAAAGUUCAGGCAUCAUUCCACAAUUACAGAAUAUUGUGUCAACGGUGAACCUUGCUUGCCCUCUGGACCUGAAAUCCAUUGCACUUCAGGCUCGAAACGCUGAAUACAAUCCAAAGCGUUUUGCAGCCGUUAUAAUGAGGAUUCGGGAACCAAGAACCACCGCUCUCAUAUUCAGCUCUGGAAAAAUGGUUUGCACUGGGGCAAAGAGUGAGGAGCAAUCUCGCCUUGCUGCACGGAAAUACGCUCGGGUGGUACAGAAACUAGGCUUUCCUGCCAAAUUCCUGGACUUCAAAAUCCAAAACAUGGUUGGAAGUUGUGACGUCUGCUUUCCUAUACGCUUGGAGGGCCUGGUCCUCACUCACCAGCAGUUCAGCAGCUAUGAGCCGGAGUUAUUUCCUGGUUUGAUAUAUCGCAUGGUGAAGCCGCGCAUUGUUUUGCUGAUUUUUGUAUCUGGAAAAGUUGUGCUCACAGGUGCGAAAGAGAGGUCAGAGAUCUAUGAAGCCUUUGAAAAUAUCUACCCCAUCCUGAAAGGAUUCAGGAAACAGUAGAGAUUGUGCAUUUACUAACUAUGUUUCAUGUGAAUAUCUGUAUGUGAUUAUGUGCCUUGUCUUCGAGGCUUCGAAUGCAAUAAUUCAAGCAAGACUUUUGUUAUUGUACAUAGUUUAAUGUAUUUUUAUAGCAUAUGCCAACAUCCCCAAGGCCACUGUUAAGAGUAAAUGUUUUGUUAAAAUAUUAAGAGACGUACGCACCCAAAUGGUUUUGUCGCUUAUGUGUUGUGACUGUGCUGAAGCAAGAAAAAUAAACUUUGAACUUUUCUUAUUUGCCGAA